AUGUUCUACCUUCAUUAUGCAGUUCCUGUAGGAAUUGAAGACCAAGAUGCCGCUUUCCAUUUUCCUGAAGUAACAGCGGUUCCAACGAAAGUGACAGGGAUUGGGCAAGGUUCGAAGAGGAACGACCACAUAUUUGAGCAUUUGCGAACGACGGUGUCCAAACUGAAGAAUCCGGUUAAAUUCUGUGUACUUAUGUUUGACGAACUUUUUUUGCAACCUGCACUUCAGUACUCUAAACGGCUGGACUUUGUUGAAGGUUUUGUAGAUUUGGGCGGAGGCUUUCAUAAGAAUCGAUUUGCUGACCAUGCUGUGGUAUUUAUGAUCAAAUGCAUUCGGAGUGGGAUCUACCAACUGAGCCGCUAUCAACACUCUCCAGAGUGCCUUCGUUCAGGGGAGCAGUGUCGAUAUCUCGGUUAUAUAAUCGAUGGUGAAGAAGUUGUUCCAAUAUUCGAUCCGCCUCAUCUGUUGAAGGGUAUUAGAAACAGUCUUCUUACUAAAGAUAUACAUUUCACACAGGACGGCAAGGAGAAGGUAGCGAUCUGGUCACAUAUACUGCAAUUAUAUCGGAUAGAUCAGGGUCUUUAUAAGCAGUGCAACAAGUUAACAAACGAGCACGUACUACCUCAUAAAAUUCGGAAAAUGAAGGUAAAAAUUGCAACGCAAGUGUUUAGCCACACCGUUGCUGCUGCCAUGCGUACCAGGAUAUGUUACAGCCCUUUCCAUCUAUCGGUAAGCGACUCCGGUCACCUUCUGUUCCGGAAGUCUGCUAUUGCUGUCCUGCAAACCAUGUCCUUCAAAACCAACAAUACCAAAACCACCAUUCCUAGCCGUAAGAACUGGAUUUCUCCUCUGAAGGGAUUUCUGCAUUUGUGGGAAAGAUUGAAAGGGUCCUUUCAAUUUCUCCCAGGAAUUUUAAUCAAGAUUUCACAAAUUAGAAACAAUUCAGUGAGAAAUCCCACUUGUUGUUCCUUUGCCGCAUCCUUUAAAACCAUCCUUUUAAACAAUCUUUCUUCACCACGUUCCGCAGGAGCUAACUAUGAAGAGGAUCUUUCGAAAGGGAUAUUGUCGACAUUAAAACGUUUUGUCACCGAAUGA